AUGGCUUGGACAGGAGCAGCAAGUCCGAUCAGACCUUCAGGUUUUACAGCGCCGACGGUAGCAGCUCAGACAACAGCCUCGCCGGCGACACCGACGGUCAAUUUGAACACUGCCUUCGAUCCAAACGACUCGGGAAGUCCGUAUUUCUUACACCCGAAUGAGAAUCCUGCGUUGAUCCUCGUUUCUACAGCCCUAGAUGGACACAAUUACCAUCCAUGGGCCAGAGCAAUGGAGAUGGCUCUUCUCUCCAAGAACAAGUUGGGGUUCGUAGACGGAACCGUGGUGACACCAGACGUGAAUGACGUUAGAUUCCCCUAUUGGAGGAGAUACAACAAUGUGGUUGCAACUUGGAUAAUGCGAUCGCUUUCGCCUGAGAUUGCUCAAACUGUUCUUUGGGUAGGAACAACCGAGAGAAUUUGGAAAACCUUGAAGUCAAGAUUCAGCGAAGCUGACAUAUUUCGUGUUUCGGAUCUUCACGCUGAAAUGCAUCAGAUUCGCCAAGGAGACCUCAGCGUAGGUGCCUUCUUUGCCAAAUUGAGGGCUCUGUGGGAUGAAUUGCAGGUCAUAAGACCUCUGCCCACCUGCAAUUGUCCAAGGAGAUGUGAUUGUGGGUUGCUCGACAAACUCCAACUGCAUAUGGACAGUGACAAUCUCUCUGUGUUCUUGAGAGGGUUGAAUGACAACUAUGCUUCAGUUCAGUCACAGAUCAUGAUGAUGAAGCCGUUGCCCUCUGUUGAUGAGGCAUUCUUGAUAGUUCAGCAGCAAGAAAGGAGGCUCAACAAUGGAGUUAGUUUCCCACCUCAAUCAGCAGAUAGUCUGAGUGCAGGUAGUGUCUUCUUUAGCCAAACAGGAAACAAUUCAGGGGCAAAGAAGUUUUAUCCUAAUGGAAGUAAGAAACUUGUUUGUACCUAUUGUGGCUUCACUGGCCACACUAUUGAGAAGUGUUACAAGAAGCAUGGGUACCCCGGUUGGAAGCCAAGAAGCAAAAAUGUAGGGGCAAUCAACCAAGUCCAGGUAGCUGCACAAGUUCCUUUAGAGAACACUGUUUCUCUUUCCCAGAAUGAAUAUAUGAUGUUCAAACAAUUGCUGCAAAGGGAGAAUAACACAUGUAAUCAGAACUCACCUCUGGAUUUGGAAGCCAGACCAUAG